AGGGAGAUAGAUAUUACACAGGUAAGCGUAUCGCUAGUUCACACCCAGCACAGGGAGGGAGAUAGAUAUUACACAGGUAAGCGUAUCGCUAGUUCACACCCAGCACAGGGAGGGAGAUAUAUAUUACACAGGAUGACGGCGAGGAAGUGGACGUUCCAUGCGCUGCCCUUAACCGUAGCAGUCUUAUUUAUGUUGAACCCGUCAGCAGGGACCGUCGAGGAUAUUCAUGCAUGUGACAGUGGCAUCUACUGCCAGGGCCCCCUGCUGGACAAAAUCCAGAUGGCCGGGAUCUACGAAGACUCCAAGACAUUUGUGGAUAUGAACCUGAAAGACGAUCCAGACACAGUCUUGCGAGCUUUCGACGCAAUGCAGACAAAUAACGGCAGCCAGAUCCAAGGUUUUCUAGAUCAAUACUUCGAAGGUCCGGGGACAGAGUUCGAGGAGUGGACACCCGGGGACUAUGUCGAAAACCCAUCGUUCCUCGGAGAUGUGAAAGACGUCAACCUGAAGCAGUUCGGCAAGUCUCUGUGUGGAAUCUGGGAGCAAUUGGGAAGGAAGAUAAAGAAUGACGUCAGAGAUCACCAGGACCGUUACUCUCUACUGUACGUGGAGAAUCCCUUCAUCGUCCCUGGCGGCCGCUUCAGAGAGACAUACUACUGGGACUCGCUGUGGGUAGUACACGGACUUCUCCGCUGUGAAAUGACUCAGACAGUCAGAGGCAUGUUGGAAAACUUCUUCUUCAUCAUUGACAGAUACGGGUUGAUCCCCAACGGUUUCCGGGUGUACUAUAAGAAGCGGUCUCAGCCGCCCCUGCUGGCGUGGAUGGUAGAGAGCUACUACGACGUGAGCAAGGACAUGGACGCCCUUGUACGAGCACUUGGUCCCUUGGAGAUGGAGUACCAGUUCUGGAUGACCAACAGGAACGUGGAGGUGCAGGUGGACGGGAGGAACCACACCUUGAACCAAUAUAGAACCAUCACCAACACUCCCAGGCCCGAGUCUUACGCAGAGGACGUGAAAACAGCAGGGAACGUAACUGAAGAACAAGCGUCCAACAUCUAUUCGAACCUGGCAUCUGCCGCUGAGAGUGGUUGGGAUUUCAGUAGCCGUUGGUUCUCGCGUGAAGACGAGACUAACAUGGGACUAAACACUACUGUUAUCAAAGACAUUAUUCCUGUUGACCUCAACAGCAUCCUGUGCAGGAAUGAGAGACUCCUGGCACGCUUCUUCAACAUAACAGGUAAUAACGUAAAAUACCGGUACUAUUCGGAGAGAUAUGAGCGGCGGAAGGAUGCGAUACAAGACGUGAUGUGGAAUCAGGAAAAAGGCGUGUGGCAGGAUUACUACAUUCCCAACAAAUCCCUGCGGGACUAUUUUUUCCCGUCCAACAUAUUUCCUAUGUAUGCUGGUUGCUAUGGCAACACCGAUGCAGAGCGUGAGGGGAUGGAGGAGAAGGUCGUGAGUUAUCUUGAGAAACAAAACGUGCUAGGUUAUGAAGGAGGCGUCCCCACUUCCUUGUCAAACACUGGCCAACAGUGGGAUCUGCCCAAUGCAUGGCCGCCAUUACAACACGUGAUCAUUGCAUCAUUAGCUGAAGGCAGACGUAGCCAAUCAAAAGCCUUGGCAGCACAACUCGCCCAGAGCUGGGUGUACACUAACUAUCUAGGCUGGAAAAAUACCAACCACAUGUUUGAGAAGUACGACGUGAACAACGUCGGGAGACGUGGAGGCGGCGGUGAAUACGACAUUCAGACUGGCUUCGGAUGGACAAAUGGUGUCGUGCUGGACCUACUCAGUCGCCAUGGAGACAUCUUGACAACGGAUAAGACGACAUCUGACGCGCCAGGAUAUAGGCCGUCCAUGUUUACUUGUGUUUACGUAUUGGUCCACGUGAUGCACGUGUUGUUUUACUACUGAGGACGACAGGGCGUUCCAGUUUCAAUAUAACCAGAGUUAUAAUCAGUGAUCUUGUAUAGAUUUCAAUUUCAAAGCAGCUUUACACACAGCCCCCUCUCCGGAGUAGAUUCAUAUGAACCCGAAGAACUCCUUCAUCGUCUCCUUAAUCAUAGAGACCGCCUCCGUGGUCUAGUGGUAGAGCGUCCGCCCGGAGAGCGAAAGGUCCGGGGUUCGA